AUGACAGAUAAUAAGCACACUAACGACGUGUCUGCCUCUGAAGAGACGAACCAACUGAAUCAGCAGCAACAGUCACAAUCUCAGCAGCAGUCACAGCAACAAUUCCAUAACCCUAACGGAAACUAUUACUCUGGAGGUUACAUGAAUGGUUACAAUAGUAGUGGAACUAACACUAGUGGAAAGCCAUAUAACAAGCACUUUAAUAAUAGGAAUGGUUACGGCAAUAACAAUAAUGGCAAUAACAGACAGCACUAUAAUAAUAGAAAGAACUACAACAAUCAAAAGAUAAACCACCAUAAUCCUUCGUAUGGGGGUUUUGCCGGUUAUCCAGCUAAUAUGUACGCCUAUGGUUAUUAUCCCAAUCCUUAUGGAUAUCCUGCUUCUAUGGUUCCAGGGAUAAGUCCAAUUCCUGGGUAUCCAUCACCUCAACAAGGUCUUGGCCAAUUACCUGGUAGUAGUGGUAAAUUUAAGCUCACUGAUAAAGAAGGCAAACCUAUCGACUUGGAAGAGAAGAAGAAAUUGACAUCAGCGUCCAACACACCAUUGCAGUCGCCAUCGCUAAGCAUCACGUCUCCUGUCGGUACAUUUACGUCUCCAGCUGCUCCUUCACUGAUUGUGGUUGAUGAGAGGUCUUCAAAAGAAUCAAAUGUGCCUUCUGCUAAUGCAUCGCCCUCCUUUUCUAGUCAAAGUUCUCAGUCAACUGUAGACCCUAACGCAGCUGCAAAACUGUCAGUGGCGGAGGAAUUUAAAAGAAAAAUUCUUGAAAGAGCGGCAAAGGUAGUUCAAAAAUCUGAGUCUACUUCUGAUACAAAAGAAAAGAAAGUUGAUGCUGUGAAGCCAAAAGACUCCACAGAACUGCAAGCAAGUAAAGCUCCAAUUGCUCCUGAGGAAAAGGAAUCCCAAGCAGAAAAGACUGAAACCGCUAAGGUGGCACAUACCCCUGAACCGAAAAGCAUGACGCCAAAAGAACCAUCUCCAGCUCCAGAGCAGGCAGCAGAGGAACAAAGCAUUAGAAAAGCUGAGGUUGAAGAAUCCGAAGCAAAGAUUGCAGUCAAGGAGAAUGAGUCUGGUGCAAGCCAAGUUUCAGCUCCAGAAGUUCAAGGUGACAAACCUGAAACGUCAGAAAUACUGGAAAAUGUUCCUGAUCUAGAGAAACCGAUAGAGUCAGCUGCCUUGUCAGAUACUAUCAGUGAGCCGAUUGAGUCCCCUGCUGCGCAACAAUCAUCUAUUGAAACACCAGGUGACGAUGUGGAAGAAAACAAACAGCCGGUAGAAAACAAGACUCCUAGUGAGCCCGUUGAUGCUGAUACCACAGCAGAUGCUGAAGAAGAUAUCGGAGACGAAGGGGCCCAUGUCGACGAAGAUCAAGAAGAGGAGACUUUCAAUUUAUCAAACUUCUUCGACCACUUGAAGACAGUCAAGAAUAUCGAAGACCCUUAUACCAUCACAUACCCAUCACCAUUUGUAGGUGUUGAUUCUACUAGAAAAAUAGAAGGCAAAAAGUACAGAUAUGAUCCUCAAUUUUUGAUGCAGUUCCGCGAUGCUAUUCAGUAUCCAGUUGAUGAAGAAUGGAAAACCAAAUUGGAUAAUUUAGGCAUUGUUGCUACAUCUAGAAGAGGUCCAAGCUCUCAAUCAUCUAGAGGGGUAAACAGGUUUGGAGGCCCAUUGGCGGGUAGAUUUGGUGGUGCAAUCAACGGAAGAGGACAAUUUAAUGAUGGCAGACAAAAUUCAAGGAGUGGUUCUAGAAGAAGAGGCGGUGGUAGUGGUAGCUCGAGAGAUAGAUCUGCGAGAAAGGGCAACCAGUCAAGAAGAGGAAAAGACAAGGAUGACGACCACAAACCAGCUGAAGAUGUCAAGCCUUUGGAGAAGUCUGCAAAUAGAUGGGUUCCAAGAUCUAGAGCCAAGAAAACUGAAGUUACCUUGGCUCCUGAUGGAAGUGAAAUCCUUGAACCUGAAGAUGUUGAAAGAAAGGUGAACUCUUUGUUGAAUAAAUUAACUUUGGAAUUGUUCGAUACUAUUACGGACGAUAUUUUGGCAAUUUCUAAUCAAUCAAAAUGGGAGGAUGAUGCCAGAACAGUGAGGAGAAUAAUAUCUUUAACCUUUGCAAAGGCUUGUGAUGAACCAUACUGGUCGUCCAUGUAUGCUCAGUUUUGUGCAAAGAUGUGCACUAGUCUUUCAGAUGAAAUUAAGGACUCUAGUAUCAUCCUUAAAACAACAGGUCAACCCGCUAAUGGUGGUGACUUAGCUAGAAGAAUAUUGUUGACAACUUGUCAAACUGAAUAUGAAAAAGGUUGGUCUGACAAAUUACCAACUAAUACUGAUGGUACGCCAUUAGAACCUGAGAUGAUGUCUGAGCAGUACUACAUAAUGGCAGCAGCCAAGAGAAGAGGUCUUGGUUUAGUAAAGUUUAUUGGUCAUUUGUACAUCUUGGGUAUGUUGAACGAUCAAGUUAUAUUGUUAUGUUUAAGAGAUCAAUCUAAAAAUAUUGUCGAUCCAUCAGAAGAUGCCUUAGAGAAUUUGGCACAAUUGGUACAGACAGUUGGUGCUAAAUUGGAGACUACCGAGAAGAAUAGAGCUGUUUUGAACUUGGUUUUCGACAAUAUCCAAACGAUCUUAGAUAAUUGCAAGUUAUCUUCGAGAAUCAAGUUUAUGUUAAUGGAUUUGCAAGAUUUAAGAGCCGCUAAAUGGAUAUCUUCUAAGACAGAAGCUGGUCCUAAGACGAUUCAAGAGAUUCAUGAUGAAGCUGAAUUAAAGAAAAUGGAAGAAGAAAGAGCGAACGCUGAGAAGAGAAGACGGAAUAGAAACAAUGAGCCAAGAUCAAACUCUUCGAGAUCGGGCUCUUCUUGGGGGAAUAACGCACAGUCGAAGAGGAGUGAUUCGAGGAUCCCUUCAAAGGGAGAUUCAUUCACCUCUGUGCAAUCAAGAUCGCAGUCUAAUAGACUAACAAAUCCUCAAUCUUCUGAUACUGGUUUUCAAAGAGAGAAUUCUAAGCGAACAGAGUCAGUACAGUCUAAUAUGUUUGCUGCUUUAGGUGGUGAUGAAGAUGAGAAUAAUGAUGAAGAAGCAGCUGCUGCAGAUGAUCAUAAUAACUCUACGUUAGGUGCUCAGAGCGAGAAGAAAGCAGAUUAG